AUGUGCUUGCCUGCGGUGAAGACCCCGGCGUCCGACGCGCUGCACGAGGUGGCCACCGACUGUGUGUGCUCAGCGCUCUUCCUGAUCGAGGAGGACCUCAAGUACCACCCGUUGGCCAAAGCGCUCUUCGCCGGCGUCUUCACACUGGCGGACCCCUACCAGAUGGCGGUCGCUGAGGAGCUCGUGGACAAGUGCCGCAACUACAGUCGCGUGUUCACGGAGCUGGGCGAGGCGGUGGUGACCGUGCUGGUCAACAACCCCGGCCAGGGGCUAGGAUCGAUGCAGGUGCUCGACAUGAUCCUCGUCUGUGUCGGCCACCAUGACUACGAGGUGGCUGAGGUGACGUUCCACUUCUGGUACCGUCUCUCCGAGGAGCUGUACCAGAUGAAGAGCAGCAACCACUACAGCCGCUUCAAGCCUUACUUCGAGAUGCUUCUGCUGGCGCUCUGCCGGCACUGUCAGAUGGAGUCUGAUCACGACGGCACGCCCGACGACCAGGACGAGUUCUCAGACUUCCGGUCGCGGGUGACCGACCUGGUGCGCGACUUCGUGUUCGUCUGCGGCUCGCUGGACGUGUUCCACCAGAUGUUCCUGUUCCUUCAGGACCCGGCAGCUACUUGGGAGAGCAGCGAGGCUGCUCUCUUCAUCAUGGCCACUGUCGCCAAGAACAUUCUACCUCGGCAGGACAGCGUGGUGCCGGAGGUGGUGCAGGCGGUGCUGGCUCUGCCGGACAGCGUGCACGUGGCGCUGCGUUUCACCGCCAUCAACCUGCUCAACGGGCUUUCCGAAUGGAUCUUCGAGCAUUCCACUGUGCUAGAGCCGGUGCUGAACUUCCUGCUGGCCGGUCUGCGGGUGGACAAGCUGGCCACGGUCUCGGCGCGCGCCCUGAAGUCCAUCUGCGGCCAGUGCGACCGCCAGAUGACCGGCCAUCUGACCGGUCUCGUACAGAUUGUCCAGUCGCUCGACACGUUCAGCAUCACGGCCGAGGCGGCCGUCGGCAUUCUGGAGGGCACCGCCAAGGUGGUGGCCAACAUGCCAACGGAGGCGAUCCCGGAGAUGUUCGGCAAGAUCUGCCAGUCACAGCUAGUGCCGCUGCGGCAGACCGUCGACCAGGCGGGGGACGCCCGGCCGGCCAAGGGAAGCCGCGCCGACCCCGUGCUCUGGCUGGACCGGCUGGCCGCCGUCUUCCGGCACACGCACCCCGAGAUCAGCAACGGGCAGGUGCACCCCUGCAAGGUCGUCUUCGAGGAGCAGGUGUGGCCGGUGCUCUCGGGCGUGAUGCGGCGGUACCAGCGCGACGGCCGGGUGAUGGAGCGCUGCUGCCGCUGCCUCCGGUUCGCCGUCCGCUGCGUGGGUAGCCAGUCGGCCGCGCUCCUCCAGCCCAUGACCGCCCAGAUGGUCGAGAUCUACGCCUCCACGCAGCACAGCUGCCUCAUCUACCUGGCUUCGGUGAUCGUGGACGAGUACGCGGCGCAGCCGGCGUGCGUGCCGCCGUUGCUGGCGACGCUGCACGCCCUGCUGCCGGCGGCGCUGCCGCUGCUCUCCGGCACGGAUGGCCUGCGCCAGCACCCGGAGACGGUGGACGACCUGUUCCGACUGUGCACGCGGCUGGUGCAGCGCGUGACGCUGCCGUAUCUGCAGCACCCACACGCGGCCGACGUCACGCGGCUGGCCGUGUCGGCCGUCACGCUCGACCACAGGGACGCCAACGCCUCGGUGACCAAGUACCUGGCGGAGCUGCUGCGCUGCGGCCGCAAACACGACGAGCGCGACGACUUCGAGCAGCGCCGGGAGCUGGUGGCGGCAGCGUUCGUCGAGUUCGGCGCCGCGCUCAUCAGCAACCUGAUCCAGGCUACGCUCUUCUGCGUGGCCAGCUUCAUGAUCCCCGACAUCGGCGAGGUGUUCAUGGAGGCGCUGCUCACCGACCGGCCGGCCGUGUGCCGCCUGCUGGAGCAGACGCUCAAGUCGCUACCCACCGAGAGUGCCGGCGGCAUUGUCACCGCCACACACAAACAGCUGGUCGAGUUCCACAAGUCUGUUACCAGCGCCGAGACGACUCAGGAGGCGGUGCAGGCGCUGCGCGAGUUCUCCCGGCUGUACAGAUGAGGCGCGGCCGUGCCGGGCCGGCGCGUCGCGACCCGGGCC